AACUUUGAAUUAUUUUUUCCUAACGCAACCAAUGCACAACAAGUUUCCUGAAUUGACUUUAUGCUCCUAAGUCCUAACAUGACACCACACUCAAUUACUUAAAAAUUCUACGUGCUUUUUAUUUUUCUCUCUCAAGAAUUCAACAAAAACUUUUACUAAUUUUUAUGUGGGGCUAGCUCGGUUGGUUAGUUAUGUAGCUUGGUUGAUUUGUUUACAUGCCAACGAGUUAUUUAUAGCUAAUCUACUCAACAACUCUGUUUAUAAAAAGCACCAAACCCUCAACAUAUCUUUAUUUGAUUUUGGUAUUGCAAAAGCCAACAAGUGCUUAGUAGAUUGAUAGCUCAUUUCGUACACGCGAGAUCAUGGGAAGAGUUGUUGUCCUUGUCAUAUUAAUGUUGGUGACGACACCAGCAUGGGUGGCUCAAGGGCAAGACCAAGAGUCGUGGGCCAAGAGAGUUGACACGGGCAAAGAAGUGGUAACUACUCUUCAAUUCUACUUCCACGACAAACUUAGUGGAUCAAACCCAAGUGCAAUCCAGAUCGCACAAGCUAAUGGAACCAACAAUUCGGGUUCCUUAUUUGGGUCUUUGUUCAUGAUUGAUGAUCCACUUACUAUAGGACCUGACCCAACUUCAAAGCAAGUAGGUCGAGCCCGUGGAAUGUAUGGGUCAGCUGGUCAAACUGAUUUAGGCCUUAUCAUGGUCAUUAGCUAUGGGUUCACAGAUGGUAUCUACCAAGGGAGUUCAUUUAGCCUAUUGAGCUUGAACCCGGCAUUGAACCCGGUUCGUGAGAUGGCUAUCGUUGGUGGGACCGGUCUUUUCCGGUUGGCCCGAGGUUAUGCUAUUGCUCAAACUUAUUCGAUCAAAGCUAAUGGUGAUGCAAUUGUUGGCUACAAUGUUACAAUUGUCACAUAUGUUUGAUUUCUUCUUUUCUUUUUAGUUUUCGGUAUUCACCUUUUUAUUUCUCUUAUAUUUCUUUAGGUAUUGUGCUUUAAUGGAGAUAUUAUUCAGGCAAUUUUAUUA